UCGCGCGAGCCGAGAGAAAUACGCAGUAGAUGUUCGGCUGCCGUUUAAAGGUUUCCUGUCUCCCGCUUCUUUUCCUUCUGUUUGCUCUCUCGCAAAUCGACAUGUCUGCAAAAUAUGCAUCUGUAGAUUUCGAAGUUUUCGGCAUUGUUCAGGGCGUGUUCUUUAGAAUGCACACAGAGAAGGAGGCGAAAAAGCUCGGCGUGAGCGGCUGGGUGAAGAACACCAGGGAGGGCACCGUGAUCGGUCAAGUGCAGGGGCCUCCAGAGAAAGUCAGCCAGAUGAAGCACUGGCUGAGGAACAUCGGCAGUCCCAGUUCUCGCAUCGACCGUGCUGAGUUCACUAACGAGAGGGACAUUUCUAAACUGGAGAUGAGUGGAUUCGGCACUCGUUAUUAAAUUCCACCUCCCUGACAACGACGGCUUAACCUUUCCCCCCCCCAAAAAAAAACAUCCGUAAUUCAGUCACAUCAUCCUCCCUGCUGAGUCACCUUCAUUACCAGAAGUCGUUAAUUUAAACCUAAAUGAGCAAUGCAUUUCUCAAAAUGUAUACAGAGCCUUUAACUAUUGCACUGAUAAUACAUUUAUAUUUAUUAGCAGAUUUUCUGUAUAUAUAUAUAUAUAUAUAUAAAACCAUGAAUUAGAUUUUUUUUACAAAUGAAAGAAACUAUGAUUGUCAUUAUUUCUUUGCUGAUAUUAAAUUUGUGACAAAGUUGUAUUCCAGAAAUGCCAAAUGCUAGUUUACACUUCAAUGACACAGAAAUAAACCAGUACUUUAAAAUGCGUACUUUAAUCAGCUAUGUUCUCAUUUCCACCCACAGAUGUUGUUGUUUUGAAGGUUAAAUUGAAUUCUAUAUUGUAGCACAUGUUUAUAUAUUUUUCACAAAUAA